AUGAUGAUUAAUUCCAAUGGUGAUAGAAAACCUCGGAGAUCGUCAUUAAAGUUUACAUUCGAUCCGGUGAACAAUGCAUCUGAUGGUAUUGUAUCAUCUAGGGGUUUAAAUAGACGAGUUUCAUUCUCUCAAUAUGUUUUUGUUUUGGGGGACGAAGAUGAUGGUUCUCAAAUGUGUGUUAGUCGUUUCAACUCGAAUAUAUCUGUGGAAGAUGAGUUUUCUGUGAACUCCAAUAUUACUACUACCACUAAUGAUAUCAAUAAUAAUAGUAAUAAUAAUAAUGGCUAUAUUAAUGAUAACAAUAAUAACAGUAGCAAUGUUAAUAAUAAUAUGGAAAGUGUCACAUCGAUAAGUGAUGUUUCUAUGGAAUUAUCCCAUGAUUCUUGUUUAAAAGUUGAACACGGUGAAUCGUUCAAUGAACAACAAAACACGAAUAUGGAAAUAGAUGAUAAUAGUGAUGAUAGUCAAACAUUAUCCCCUAAAUGUAGUUCCUUGGAAUCAGUUACUAUUUCUAGUGUAGAUGAAAUGAUUGUACAAAAUGAAUUAAGUUAUACGCCUAGAUAUCAUCAUGAUGUUUCAGAUAUGGAAGUACAAAGCAGCAUAUGUCCAUUACCAGUACCACUUAAUGAAGAAUUGUGUAAUAUGUCUAUUAUCUCCACUGAUGAAUUGAAUUUUUCUACCAAUAAUGAUGGGAACAUUGAUAAAAAUGUACCUGAUGAUAGUUUACCUAAUAAAAAUCAUUCCCAGUCUUUAUAUCAUAAUGAUGUAUCAGAAAGUACUCCAACAAUCGAAAAUAACGAGGAUGUAAAUCUUGAAAAAAUCGGUACACCAUCGUUCAGGUCACCUCAUUUUCUACCGUCUACAAGUACGAUGAUGACAGAUGUAUUAGUAAAUCCAUUAUUAUCGUGUAAACGACCUGUAUCGGUUGUUAAAAUGCCUUUAAUCAAUUUGAAUCUAAGUAAUUCCUUACCACUGACAAGAAGACAAUGUAAUGUCAAUAAUAAUCUCCAAUCGGAUGUUGAUAAAACGCCAAAACCUUCUGAAUCAGAAAGAAUUACAUUUGUUAGCCUAAUUAAUACACCACUACGUCAAGCAAAUAUCGGUGAUAAUACCAGUGUUAAUUUAACUUCCGUAAAAAAAGUGGUUCGACCGAAAACUUUCAGAGAUGUAAAUGAGUAUAAGCCAGAACGGCUCUUAUCGAGUACCAGACGAUUACAUAAUCAUCUGCACAAUCAGCUAGUUGAAAGUCAACUUGAAGCUGUCAUCGAUCAUAUUAAAUAUAAUUUUUCUGAUAUUAAAAGUAUUAUGAAUUUCUUGCGUAAAAAUGAAUAUAUCGAUUUCAACUUGGAAAAAUUGGAUAAAUCAACAUUGUUAACUGAUUUAGAACGAUAUGGAUCAGAUGAAUACUUGCAAUUGCAAAACCAACUAAACUUACAUCUCUAUGACAAAUUAGUUAGACGACGAUUUGCUAUUGAAACUGAAAAUAUUAAUCGAUUGGAAUUCUGGAAACGUUUAUAUUUAAAACGAAUCAGUACUGUAUUAAUUUCACCUCAAUUAAAAUCAGUUAUGAAGAACAUAUCUGAAAUGAAUUUGAUAGAGCAUUUAAAAUUUGUAGCUGGUACAGUACAAUUAUAUCAUACUUGUUCAAAAUUUGCUCAACAAGAAAUUUAUCAAAUUAUCGAUGAGAAUAUAUCUGCUCGUAACUCAGAAUUAAAUUUAGAAAUUGAUGACUUACAACAAUUGAAUGAUUAUCUUGAAUUUAUGAUAAGUCAAAAACAAUCUGAACUAAAAAAGAAACGACAAGAACAGGAACAGUUAUUAGAAUUCGAAAUGUAUGCCAAAGAAGCACUUCAAAAACUUGAUAGAAUCAAACAAGAAAUUGAUGAAACCACACAACGUCAGAUUGUGAUACGUCAAUCAAAUGAAAAGUUAUUCAAAAGAAAACAAUAUUUAGAAAAAAAGUUGAAAGAAUUAUCCGAAAAAAAACGUCAAGAGGAAUUAUAUUAUUCAGGUACUCUAUUGAAUCGUUCUGUUGGUUGUACAGAAUUAUUUCCUAUACCGAUUAGUGAAACACCCAUUAACAAUGAUAACAAACUUAAACCAACAAGCACGGGAAAAUUAAUAAAUUUAUUUUCACCUUGUCGUAUAACAUGUACGUCAUUUGAAAAAGAUAAUCAUAUUUAUGAAGUAUCAACAUUAUUUGGUCUAGUGAAUUUCAUAUUAACUUGUCAAGUAUGCAAUAUGUUAGUGGAUGACACUGAUAGAAAGAAUAAUAAUAAUCAUAAUCAAUGUAAUGAAAACAUUGACGAUAAUGAUGGUGAUGGUGACGAUGAUGAGAAAGAAGAAGGAGAAGAUGAUGACGAUGACGAUGAUGACGACAUGCAGAUAACACUUAAUCCGGAAAAUUUGAAAGUGAUCAGUGUACAAGUUGUCGCACCAACGGAUGUUGAAUGUCCAGUGGAGUGUCCACCUGUUGAAUCAGUUACUCGUACUUUUAUUGAAUAUUUAAAUACAACUGGAUCUGAAAGUUUACGUACACGAUGUAUUGGGUUUACAAUGGCUGAUGUAAUUGAAACCAUUGAAACAAUCAUUGUUCCGUUUAUGGUUUUGGCCAGUGAUUUACGUUGUUUAUGGUUAGCUAAAUAUGAUGUGAAUUUUGGUAUGACAUCAAUAGAUGAUCAAUUAUUUACUGGUUGUUAUUUUACACCAAAGAAAUUACGUCAUUUAAUUGGACAAACACCGCGAUCUACAGCGGUUCAAUCUUCACAUAGAACACCAUUUCAAUCAAAACAAUUACAUCAGCAAUCGUUUAUUGGUGAAAGUAUAAUACCUGUUAAAAAGUCAUUAUCAUUUUAUGAAUACUUAACACCAUCUGGACCAUUUAGCAUAACUGUAAAAGUUUCUACACGUAACUAUCGUAUAAUGGUACGAUUCACUUUAAUGUCUUUGGAUUACAUGGAUUCCAGUCAAGGAUCUGUUGAAUAUGAAAUCUUAAGAGGAAAAUUAAGAACUGAAAAACUGGAAGAAUAUUUUAAAACAUGUAAACCGACUUGUGGAAAUUUGUACAGUAUUAUAUUAAAUCUUCAAUCAUUUUUAUCAUCUACUAUUUGA